GUCAAACUUUACCAACCCAACUUAAACCCAAGGCAAAGACACGGGUCACGACCCUGAAAAUGAACGCUGUUAUGUUGUUGGAGGAGUAAUAUGCUUGCAACAGCAGGGCAAUGGUGAGCAUUGCAGUGGAAUAGUUAUUGGAAUUCUGAUUGAAUUGAUGCCUGUACCGUUAAUCGUUAUGCUUCUGUGAAAUGUCGGGAUCGAGUUCGAGCAAUCGACAUCGUCAUUGUACCCCACCUAUCCGAAUUGGUGUUGAUUGGAGUGACGUUGAAUUAUUGUCAACGACACCACUAAGGCAUUGAAAAUACAUGUACUGACAGAUGUAGACUGAAGUAAAGGAAAUAUGCUAGUUUGCCAGAGGUGUAUCCUUCUUUUCUCUGAAGAAUUGUUAGAAAGACAAAGAAGAGUUGUUGGUCUGAUGAGCACCCACUUGCAGCUGAGAGCUAUGGGAACGUCUGUUUUUGGUGGUCAUCAUAACCCACUAAAGAAGGAGGCCAAUAAUCCUCUACUUGCAGCCAAUAGAUAUCUUCAGCAUCCAAUCUUUGAGGACAAAGAUAUAAUAUUUAGACCAACCGAGACGGAAGUAGAAGAGGCUGGAAAGCUCUUUGAAAGUGGGAGGAAUCACAAAGUGGCAUUUGCAAAGGGUGCCUUCUAUCCAGAACAAGCUCCAGAUUACAAUAUCCCAGAGAUUGCGAUGAUAGGUCAUAGCAAUGUUGGCAAGUCUUCUCUGAUAAAGGCUCUGUUCUCAAAUGUACCAGGUCUUACAGUACGGACAUCCAAAACUCCAGGACACACCAAGCUUCUGUUAUUCUACCAAGCUGGUAAAGCAUUCAGCCUGGUUGAUUUACCAGGCUAUGGGGUCAGGCAACCUCAGAACUUUGCAGUUACAGCGGAAGGAUACUUGAGGACCAGAAAAAACUUGCAGAUGCUGUUUCUGUUGGUUGACAUCCGUGCAGGUUUUAAACCAUUGGAUUUUACUGCAAUUGAAAUGCUGGAAGAUUUCUCUCGACCCUAUUCUUUGAUUAUCACAAAGGCAGACAGCAUAUCACCAAGAAAGCUGGUCACAUCUCUUUCAUCAAUCCGGGAUACCAUAAACACCAAGACAAGUACCUGUUUGCCACAGCCAUUCCUAGUGAGUGCCACCAAAAUGAAGGGGAUAUCAUUUCUGCGGAGUUACAUAGCAUAUCUUACAGGGAAUGUCAGAGUAUCAGGCAGGUGACGUUGGAUUGAUAGAUCACACUAGGCAUCAAGGCUACACUCAUAUUGGUGUUAUGCCAUCAACAGUCUGAGCACAUGAUGAAUCCGUCGGGAUGAGUCAUCAAUGCUGGGGUGUGUGCCUUGGAAUAAAUUAUUUCAAGAUGAUGGUGCUAUAUAAAUGCUUAUUAUUAUCAUCAAGUCUACUAUCAUCUAAGUGUGAUACCCUCAACAGCCUGAGCUUGGUUCCAAAGCACAUGCU